AUGGACUGGACUAGAGGCCAUGUGCUUGGCCGCGGCUCCACCGCCGCCGUGUACGUCGCCGAGUCCCGCCCGUCCGGUGAAGUCUUUGCCGUCAAGUCGGCGGAGCUUCACCUUUCGGAAUUCCUUAGAAGGGAAGAGGGGAUUCUUUCCACACUGAAUUGUCCUCAAAUUGUGGCUUACCAAGGUUGUGACAUCACAUGUGAGAAUGGUGUGCACUGGUUCAACUUGUUCAUGGAGUAUGCACCUCAUGGGACCCUCGCUGGGCACGGUGGUGGAAUGGAAGAAGGUGUGGUGGGGUCCUACACGCGCCAAAUUCUUGAGGGAUUGAACUAUCUUCAUUCAAAGGGGAUAGUGCAUUGCGAUGUGAAGGGACAGAACGUGUUGGUGACGGAGGAUGGGGCUAAAAUUGCUGACUUGGGUUGUGCUCGGAGAGUGGCGGAGUCGUCAGCGAUUGCCGGCACGCCGGCGUUCAUGGCACCUGAGGUGGCGCGUGGGGAGGAGCAGGGGUUCCCUGCUGACGUGUGGGCUUUGGGGUGCACUGUGCUUGAGAUGGUCACCGGGAAGUCGCCGUGGCACGGCGUUUGUGAUCCGACGGCUGUGAUUUAUAGGGUUGGAUUCUCCGGCGAGGUGCCGGAGAUCCCUAGUUUUGUGUCGGAGCAGGGGAAGGAUUUUUUGGGAAAGUGUUUGAAGAGGGACCCACAUGAGAGGUGGACAGUGGAAGAGCUUCUAGGACACAGUUUUGUUAAGGAGUGCAAGGAAUUUAAGUUAACGUUGGAUUCGGACACUCCCACGACAGUGUUGGAACGAGGGUUUUGGGACUCGUUGGAACCAAUUCAAGAUCCCGCACGUGAUUGUCCUUCUCCUAGGGACAGAAUUCGUAGGUUGUUUACGGAUAAGCCCGUUUGGGAAUGCCAUUAUGAUGAUGAUGAUCGAUGGGUCAUGGUGAGAAGCAAUGAUGUCCAUGACAAGCACUUAGAGUUGGAGGGGUUGUCCUUUGAGAAAAUGGACACUGAUUGCAAUGUCCUUAGUGAUGAGGAGAAUGGUUUGGUAGUUUUUGUUGAACCAAAAUUAUUAGAUGCAACUGUAAUUGAAUUGAGUAGAUGGAAUGCUAUUUGUGAUGAUUGUUAUCUUAGAGACAGCGAUUGUGGCUGUCACGUGCGGUUCGCUUAA